GCUGCAGUGCCCCACCAGUCGCCGACAUGAAUCAGGCCUCGCUCUACCAGAACGCCAACCAGGUGCAGCGCCACGACGCCAAGCUGAUCCUGGAGGAGUUCGCCUCGACGCUGCAGUGGCGAUCGGACGGGGAGGACGCCCUCCUGGACGUGGGCUCUGGCUCGGGAAAUGUGCUGAUGGACUUCGUGAAGCCCCUGAUGCCGCGGGGGGCCCAGCUGGUGGGCACCGACAUCUCCAGCCAGAUGGUGGGCUUCGCCAGCCAGCACUACCGGAGGGAGGAGCGCACCCAGUUCCGGGUGCUGGACAUUGGCUGCGAGCGACUGCCGCAGGAGCUGAGCGGCGGCUUCGAUCACGUCACCUCCUUCUACUGCCUCCACUGGGUGCAGAACCUGCGCGGGGCCCUGGCCAACAUUUACGAUCUGCUGAGGCCCGAAGGCGGCGACUGCCUGCUCGUCUUCCUCGCCUCCAAUCCCGUCUACGAGGUGUACAAGAUCCUGCAGUUGAACGAGAAGUGGUCGGGGUACAUGCAGGACGUCGAGCAGUUCAUCUCCCCGCUGCACUACAGCUCCAAUCCCGGCGAGGAGUUCACCCAGCUGCUCAACGAAGUGGGCUUCAUCCAGCACAAUGUCGAGAUUCGCAGCGAGGUCUUUGUCUACGAGGGUGUCAGGACUCUGAAAGACAAUGUCAAGGCUAUUUGUCCCUUCCUGGAACGCAUGCCAGCGGCCCUGCACGAAGAUUUCCUGGACGACUUUAUACAGAUUGUCAUCUCCAUGAAUCUGCAGCAGGGCGAUCAGGCCAACGGUCAGGAUCAGAAGUUUAUAUCCCCUUACAAGCUGGUGGUGGCCUAUGCUCGCAAGUCCCCGGAAUUUGUGAACAAUGUCCUGGUCGAGUCCCCGCAUCAGAAGCGCCUCAAGGGCCUGAAUUAGGGCUCCUCUGAGUGUUAGUGAAAUUUAUCAUUGCAGUGUUUAAAACCACUUAAACAGAGUCUAUUUAUGCCAAAUAAUAGCCAAAUAAUAAUCUACUUGUUAAGAAGUUCCUAAAACCCAA